AUGUAUUCGCCACUUCCCGUGUAUUCGAUUCCUAAAAAGUCGAAGAGAUGGAAUCUCUCGAAAGGGUCUGCCUCAUCUAAACCAGGCUCAGAUGCGUCUCCACCCCCAACAUCCUCUUCAAAUGCAGCCCCAUCGAACAUGUUUCAAAAUUUGGGCGACCUGUUGGAUCCGGUAUUAGAUGGACCUCCAUCCCCAGAACGUCUCAGAGCACUCGCCAACCAGAUGCGCAAGACGUCUGUAUCAGAUAAGCACCAAAGUCAGCAAACAAAUUCCUCAGGGUCGUCGUCACUUAUUUCAGGUUCAUCGGACAGACCUUCAUGGGAACAUGGAUUAGAAAGUUUGACAUUGUCAAGGCAUUCGUCGCAACGGUCAACUACAAGCAGUAUGCCAUCGCGCGAACGGCCGGAAAGCGUACAGUUAUUUGGAAAGUCUAUCUUCAACCGCAAAGGUAAAGCUAGGAGAGAGAGCAGCGACCUUGGUUCAUCGGAUAGCUCGAUGCAUUCAGCAGAAGCACCAAUAGACCCAACGACUGCCACAUCCAAGGAUCAGCACUUCCUGAACUCCGUGCUGGCAAGACGGAAGGUUGCUAAAGAGGAUGAUUCGGCGCAGAGAAAACUCCAGAUAUCGGGUCCGUACAACUUUCAACACCUAGCCCACACACAAAAGGAGAAUACACCACAACUGGACCACUCCAGCCGCAGAGAGCUGGUACGAGAGUUCUCAGAAAUGCGUCAUGGCAGAAGGCCAAGAAAUGUGUCCUUGCGUGGUGUACCACCCAGUGGAACGCAUUACGCCGAUACCCAUUCUCAGGCUUAUAGCGUGCAGCAAGACCCGUCAGCAGGGUUGCAUGCCUCAAAUGACCUACAUACCGAGAAUCCAGAGUCAUAUCACUCUUUUGCACCUCCCGUACCGAGGCGAUCGAUGAAGAGAACUCAGUCUCAAGAACAAAUUCGCGUACCCCCUCCACGCCCGCCAAGAUCCCCGAUUGAACAGGGCUUCACCUCUCCAGUGUCGCCACCUCCACGUCUUAGUAGUCGUGGAUCUAUGCGACCAGACGGUGCUAUUGCCUUGGGAAUGAUUGAUGUGGACCGUCCAAUCACCAGCUCUAGUAUGAGGAUACCAAGACCGAUAGUCUUCCCCUCCAAAUGGGAAGCACCAAAGCAGAAUCCACCAAAUAGCGCUAUUGCUUCAAAUGACCAUGCUAUCGUUUCGAUUGACCAGAGGUUCUCACAUGCCAUCACUACCCCUGAUAACGCAGCGUGGCCUUUGUCAAGCGAUGCGGUUACAAAAACCUUGCCAGACGUUCCGGAGGAGGAAGAAAACAAUGGAUUUUCGCGCUCCCGCGUCAGUGUCACGAGUAACAGUUCGUCUCUUCGUGGCAGCAUUUCCGUUCCACUACUGCGUCAGAUGUCCCAAAGCCAAGUCGCGGCUAUGGCUAGGCCACCAAGCGGUGCAUCGGAAACAUUAGGACGUUUCGAUUUGCUCGCUGCACAGCGAGCCCUUCGGGCGAACGCAGACGAUGAGAGUAUCUAUGAUGAGUUCAUGCAGGAAUCUUGGGAAGACGACAUCGACUAUUGCUACGAGCAUGCGGCUGAAGCUGACUGUGAUUAUGCUUGGGAACGCCCUUCAUUAGAUCUUAUACGAGAAGACGAGCAAAUCGGGCCCUUAGACACUACCGGCACUCGAUAUCCCAGCCACGGCCCAGGCUCGCCGGGCUUCCUUUCUCCACCGGGUCGCGAUGAUGUGCCUGCGCUCAGCCCCGUCAGUCAGAUUUCAAAUGCAACACAGCAUGAGGCAAGAACGCCCACUAUUUUUGUUGGGCCCGUGACCUCGAAUUUCUCCCUCCCCAGACGCGAUAGCUCGACAUUGCUUCUGCGCAGUCACCAUCGCAACGUCUCUCAUGCCGAUAGUUUCAAGGAAUGCAAUGGAUUUGAUCUGUCACCUUCACUUUUGAUUCCUAGCGAUUAUCACCAGCAAAUGCUACUUCACGAGAGAGGAGAAUUGCACGAGGAGGACGAGGACCUCUUCGUCGCACCCCUAUCUCCUUCAGGCACACACUUUGCCAAAUCCUACAUGAGGAUGCAGGCACGCUCGAGUGCAUCGACCACCGAUUCUGUAUUUUCACAACGCCACAAGUCCAACACCUCAACCUCUACCACAUUAACACGCUGGACUUCCAACAGCACCACAACAGCUACUAUCGACGCCUGGCAGACAGCUUCUGAGGAAAAGGAGCAUGCAGUCUGCGACUUCGGGAAGCAUGUCAUUAGCCCCCUGCCAGAGCUUGACGAAGCUGGGUUUAGACGCGACCCGAGUACCGAGAGGCAUGCCAGGGCGCAGUCUCAUGCAGAUAUCCUCCUGAAGUCUAGCUCCGAUACUGUCAUGGCCAACCAUAUCAAGGCGGACAAGGAGGCAAUUAACACUCGGCGUCGGGCAAAGACGACAAGCCGAAGCCACUACCAGGCACCCGUCAAUCUUACCUUGUUCCCGUCCGUGGAUCGUCCGUAA